AGAGAGAGAAAGACAAAAAAAAGAAAGAGAGUAAGAAAGUGAGAGAGAGAGAAAGUAGUGUUGGUGUUUCUACAUUGAAUGGCAUCUACUACUACUACUACUACUACUACUACUACUACUACUGCUACUACUACUACAACUGCCGGUGGUGGUGGUGGUGGUGGUGGUAGUGACGAAGAUAUGCAGCAGGAGGCGUCGUCUGUAGGGAGCGGAGGGCGGGUUACCAGCUUCUCCGUGAGGGAUCUCCUGCAGCUGUCUGACAAGCCCAACAGAGGAAUUGGAGGACAGACGGAGGUUGAAGAUGGAGGAGGAGGAGGUGGAGGAGGAGAAGGAAGAGGAAGAGAAACAGAAGGAAGAAUAGGAGGAGAAGCAAACUCCACCACCAUCACCACCUCCAGCCUCACCACCACCACCACCACCACAGACAUACCCCUCCACCACCACCUUCAUCACCACCAACACCACCAACACCACCCUCACCACCACCUCCACCACCCAAUCCAAGCCGCCGCCGACUCCACAGAGAACACACACGUCGGUGGAGAUGAGUUCGGUGGAGAUGAGGAGGAGGAGGACGAGGAGAUGGAGGGCUUGGAGGUGGAGGAGGAGGGGGAGGAGGGGAGAGAGGCGCACGGGAGGAAGAGGAAGAGGAGGAUUCUGUUCACGAAGUCGCAAACGUUUGAGCUGGAGAGACGUUUUCGACAGCAACGUUACCUGUCGGCCCCGGAGCGGGAACACCUGGCCGCCCUAAUUAACCUGACGCCCACACAGGUCAAGAUCUGGUUCCAGAACCACCGCUACAAGACCAAGAAGCUGUACCGCGAGAAGGGCCUGCCGGGGGCCCUCGACCCCCCCUACGGCGCGCCCCCCGCCGGCAGCCCCCUGUGCGCCCUGCCCCCCGCCCUGCGCCGCCUCUCCAUGCCGCUCCUCGUCAGGGACAGGCUCGCGGGGGGCGCCAACCCCCGCCCCGAUGCCCCUGCUUCCCACCACGACGCCGCCGCCGCCGCCGGCCUGCUGGACCCCCGCCUGCACCCCCCCCUGCCCCCCGUGGCCUUCCCCAGCCUGUUCUCCGGGCUGUUCGGCGCCUCGGGGGGCCUCAGGCUGGGCGCGGUGCCCCCCGGCCUGGCGCAGCCUCCCUUCUCCCCCGCCCUGGCCGCCUCGCUGCUCCUCCCCUCCCACCCCUUCUUCUCCGCCGCCUCCUCCUUCCCCUCCUCCCUGCCCCUCUUCUCCGCCCCCCUCACCACCACGCCCACCACCGCCAUCACCCCCACCCGCGCCCCCGUCAAGGUGCUGGACACUGGGGGGGGCGGCGGCUCCCCCUCCCCCUCCCCCACCACCUCCCUGUCAUCACCGCGCCCCCCCUCCCCCACCUCCCACCUGGACCCCCCUGCGGCCCCCCACCUGCCCGCCGCCCCCGCCAGGUGGUGACGCAGAGGUGGCUAGUGGUGAUGAGUGGUGAUGACAGUGGUGAUGAUGAUACGAAGAAAGUGGAUGACGUCAGAAAGAUGGUGUUGAUGGUGUUGAAAAUGGUGAUGAAGAUGAUGGUGGAGAUGAUGGUGGUGUCAUCACACGAAAGAAACGGCGUGUGGUGUUUAUGGUGACGGAGGAAUGGUGAUGAUAGUGGUGGUGAUAGCGGUGGUGAAGACAAUAGGUGAUGACCGCUAAAAAGAAAAUGGCGCGGUGGUGGUGAUGACAACCAAAACAAACAAACAAAAUGGUGAUGACUUUAGCGAAAUGUGGUGUUUGGUGAUGACUCAAACCGCGCGUGGUGAUGAGAGGCGGUGUGUGGUGAUGAAAGCUUGCGUGGUGAUGUCGGGAAAGUGAUGUGACUCAGUGCAACUAUAAUUUAUACUAGUGAUAAGAUAUUCUAUUUACUGACAAGAAUAAGAAAUGGACUUGGUCAGGUCAGGUCAGGUCAGGUCAUGCGUGGAACGAUAACAGACAGACAACCAAAGUAACAGAGUGGUGACCCAGGAAUUGUAGAACCCAUGGCAGACAGAGAACCAGGUGUAGAGAUGAAAUUAGAACCUUUACCGGGACAGGAUGGAGUACACUAACACCAGACAGAGGACCAGGUGGAGAGAUGAAAUUAAAACCUUUACCGGGGCAGGAUGGAGUACACUAACACCAGACAGAGAACCAGGUGGAGAGAUGAAAUUAGAACCUUUACCGGGGCAGGAUGGAGUACACUAACACCAGACAGAGGACCAGGUGGAGAGAUGAAAUUAGAACCUUUACCGGGGCAGGAUGGAGUACACUAACACCAGACAGAGGACCAGGUGGAGAGAUAGAAUUAGAACCUUUACCGGGGCAUAAUGGAGUACACUAACACCAGACAGAGGACCAGGUGUAGAGAUGAAAUUAGAACCUUUACCGGAGCAGGAUGGAGUACACUAACACCAGACGGAGAACCAGGCGGAGAUGACAUUAGAACCUUUAAACGUGAAUGCUCCUAUGAUGAAACUGUCUGUCUAAGAAAAGGAAAAAAGGAGAAAAAGAAAAUUAAGAAAGAAAAAUAAGAAGCCCAAGAAAAAAACACGGAUGGUCUGAAAAUAAAACUCGAUGACCAAAACAGGAAAAAAAUAAAAACGAAAAAAAAGGAAAA